AUGAAGAAGACCAUCAGCCGGCUAUUAAUAUUUCUUAGUUUUUUAAUGUUAUUUCAUGGAGGAUAUUCUGUUCAUGAAAUUGUAUCAUUAAUGAAAUCAAUUGAUCAAGAAGUAAAGAUUCCUAUAGACAUAGUUCUUGAAGUAAUUAUGUCAUUGGUUAUUUUUUGUAUUGAAAGAGUAUUUUUUGCAGAAAAAUUACAGCCUAUAAGCUAUUCUAAAUAUAUAAAUGCUAAGGAGGAAUCAGGAGAACCUAUACAUAGUGUUCUAGAUCAUAGACCAGGGUUUAUAGAUAUUCGUCAAAAAAGAAAGAAAUAUGCAUCAUUAAGGGAAAAACAAUCAUAAUAAAAAACAAAAUAUGCAAAUGCAUGUUUUCUUUUACUUUAU